AUGGAUAAAGAAAAGUCGCCGCAACCAAAGUUAUCUCCAUUGUAUUUGAGCAGCAAUACUAAGAAGGCGAUGGAAUCUAUAGCACCAAUAUUGGAAGGGUUUACUCCCAAGACUUCUUCAAGCGAAAAUACAUCUUUAAAACUACCACCUGCAAGUAUUGUAACGGAUGAGGAAUCAGAGUUGGAUGACAUAAAUGACCCAGACUCGCAAUCCAGUGGUAAUACUGUUCACCAACAACAGUCAACAACGGGUACAAAAUUAACCCGUGGGGCUUCUGUGUCUCCUACUGACUCAACUAAUGAAAAUUGUGCACCUGCUCUAAAGUCCUACACGUGUCCGUCCCAAGAUGCGCUUGGGGAUGGCCAUUGCGAUAAUCUACAAGGGAAUAAAGGUUCUGAACUUUCUCCUACCGAACCUAGCUCAUGUCAAGAUGGCCCCCAAAGCUUUGAUAUGCAGGAGGAUAGCGCUAAGCAGGAGCAGGAUGACGACCAAACUGAUAUUAAGCAGUCGCUUGAACAGUCAGACGGCGGUCUCCCCACUCCAAGCUCAGCUAGCUCUUCUCGUAAAUCAUCAACUUCUAUUGUUAAACCACAACUUCCUCGAAUUGGAAAGAUUGGUGUGUGUGCUAUGGAUGCGAAGGUGCUAUCCAAGCCAUGUAGACAUAUUUUAAAUCGUUUAAUUGAAAAUGGGGAGUUUGAAACCAUCAUAUUCGGUGAUAAGGUAAUUUUGGAUGAGAACAUUGAAAAUUGGCCAACCUGUGAUUUCUUAAUAUCCUUCUUCUCCAGUGGUUUUCCAUUAAAUAAGGCUAUUGACUAUGUGAUGCUACGUAAACCGUUCCUUAUCAAUGACUUGAUCAUGCAAAAAGUCCUUUGGGAUAGGCGGUUAUGCCUACGGGUGUUGGAGGCAGCCAAUGUUCCAACGCCUGAGAGACUUGAGAUUUCAAGAGAUGGUGGUCCUAGAGUUGAUGAUACUCUAAGAGAAAAGCUUCUGGAACGUGGAGUAGAAGUAAAGCCUAUUAAGGAACCGGAAUGGAGAAUGAUAGACGAAAACACACUUGAGGUGGGCGGCAAAAUUAUGACUAAACCUUUUGUUGAGAAGCCAGUCGACGGUGAGGACCAUAAUAUAUAUAUAUACUACCAUUCCAAGAAUGGUGGUGGUGGUCGCCGUCUGUUUAGAAAAGUUGGUAAUAAAUCUUCUGAAUUUGACCCUACAUUGAGUCAUCCACGUUCAGAUGGUUCUUAUAUCUAUGAAAACUUCAUGGAUACCGACAACUUCGAGGAUGUAAAAGCUUAUACAGUUAGUGACACCUUCUGCCAUGCAGAAACAAGGAAAUCCCCUGUUGUAGAUGGAAUUGUCAGGAGAAAUACUCAUGGCAAGGAAAUCAGAUACGUUACAGAACUUACAGACGAUGAAAAGCAGAUCGCAGCGCGUGUUUCCAAAGCCUUCUCUCAAAUGAUCUGUGGUUUCGAUUUGCUUCGCGCCAACGGGAAAAGUUUUGUCAUUGAUGUUAAUGGGUUUUCAUUUGUGAAAGAUAAUUCUGCGUAUUACGAUUCAUGUGCUAAGAUAUUGCGUGAAACCUUUCUAAAUGCUAAGAAACAAAUUGAUCUCGAAAAGCGCCACUUACCGGUUAUACAGGAGGAAAAGAGGCAAAAAUGGGUUUUCAAAGGUCUAGUUACUGUUAUUCGUCACGCUGAUCGGACGCCAAAGCAGAAAUUUAAGCAUUCCUUUAGGUCUCAAAUCUUUAUAUCUUUAUUGAAAGGACACAAGGAAGAAGUGGUGAUUAGAAACGUUAAUGAUCUUCAGAUUGUGUUACAAGCUUUGCAAAUAGCUAAAGAAGAGGGUGUGGAAGACUUAAACAAGUUAAAUCUAUUAUCAAGUACCUUAGAAAAGAAGCUAAACUUUCCCGGAACAAAAAUUCAACUAAAGCCUGUUUUGAACGGUGAAAAAGAAGUCGAAAAAGUACAGUUUAUACUUAAAUGGGGUGGGGAGCCAACACAUUCUGCUCGUUAUCAAGCACAAGAACUAGGUGAACAAACCAGACAAGACAUAGAUUUGUUAAACAAGAACAUUCUUCAGAACAUAAAAAUAUUCUCAUCAUCUGAAAGGCGUGUUCUUCUUUCAGCGCAACUAUGGGCAACUGCUCUAUUUAGUGCUGACGGAUUGGGUAAUGAUGAAAUUAAUAUUAGGAAGGAUUUGUUAGAUGAUUCUAACGCUGCUAAAGACCCUAUGGAUAAAGUGAAGAAGCAAUUAAAACCUCUAUUAAGAGAAGGGAAAGAAGCACCACCGCAGUUUGCAUGGCCUCCAAAGAUGCCACAACCAUAUUUGGUUAUCAAGAGAAUUGUUGAACUAAUGAAGUAUCAUAAGAAAAUCAUGGACCGUAAUUUCGCUAUAAACAGUAACAUUGGUGAUACUCAGACUCGAUGGUGUUGUGGUGAAGACGCUUUCUUGUUUAAAGAAAGAUGGGAUAAGCUUUUCAAGGAAUUUGUUUGUGUGGAUAAAGUUGACCCUUCAAAGAUUUCUGAAUUGUAUGAUACGAUGAAGUACGAUGCUCUUCAUAAUAGGUCAUUCCUUGAAAACGUAUUUGCACCAGAUGAUUCUUUGGGACUUGAUAAAGGUACAGAAGUUCAGCACUCCCUUGUUGAUAGGUACCCCAUUAAUAUUUUAGCAAAAAACAACUUCAAGAUUCCUGAAGGUAUAAACGGUAAUGCGAAGUCAGGUAGCUCCAGCGUUGGUUCUUUAGGUUGGGUUUUAGAAAAAGAGGGUUGCGCAAAUGCUCAUUGUACUACCACAAACUCAACUUUCGACCACCCGAAGUACAUGCAUCUUAGAGAACUGUAUAGGUUGUCAAAGGUACUGUUUGACUUCAUCUGCCCUCAAGAAUACGGUAUUGAGGAUAAUGAGAAAUUGGAUAUUGGGUUGUUAACUUCGUUACCGCUAGCAAAACAGAUCUUGAAUGACAUCGAUGCAAUGAAAAACAAAGAUACACCAGCGUGUAACGCAUAUUUCACUAAGGAAUCUCAUAUCUACACGCUGCUUAACAUAAUUUACGAAGCUGGAUUGCCAAUGAGAAUUGCUAGAAAUGCAUUGCCUGAGUUAGACUAUCUGUCGCAAAUUAAUUUUGAGUUAUACGAAAGUGCUGAUAGUUCUGGUCAAAAAUCGCAUGCCAUUAGACUGAAAAUGUCACCCGGUUGCCACACUCAAGAUCCUUUGGACGUUCAACUAGACGAUAAACACUACAUUAGUUGUAUUCCAAAAAUUUCUCUUACAAGACAUUUGGAUAUGGAUUAUGUGUCCCAGAAGCUAAGAAACAAGUUCUCUAGGGUUAUCAUGCCCCAGAAAUUCACUCCAGUUCAUAUUACCAGUCCCAACCUAACUUACAGAAAAAUGCCGACUCAAUCUAUACCAGAUUGA